AUGCCUCCCCUCUACAUACUAUUCGGGCUUCUCCUCUUGUACACUCCUCUUUGGUGCUUCUCUGUAGCUGCAUAUGAAGAUUCUCUCACGGCAGGCCAAGCACUCGCCGUCGGUGGCAAGCUCGUCUCAAGAAACGGCAAGUUUGCCCUCGGCUUCUUCCAGCCAGCAGCAAGCGGCAUCAGUAAGUCGUCCCACAAUGCCACCUCCCCCAGCUCCAGCUGGUACCUUGGCAUAUGGUUCAAUAAGAUCCCAGUUUUCACUACCGUGUGGGUUGCUAAUAGGGAUCAGCCCAUCACCAACCCUAGUGUCAACCUAACACAGCUCAAGAUAUCAAGCGAUGGCAAUCUUGUCAUCGUAAACCAUGCCGCCAAAACUGAAUCCAUAGUUUGGUCCACUCACAUUGUCAAUAGGAAAAACAGUAGCAUAAACACCACCACCUCUAGCUCCGUUGUUCUCUUGAACAGUGGAAACCUUGCCCUACUCGUAAAUAGCCAAGAGAUGUUGUGGCAGAGCUUCGACUACCCAACAGAUAUCAGGCUUCCUGGCGCCAAGUUGGGCCGUAACAAGGUCACUGGUUUCAGUCGCCAGUACAUAUCAAAAAAGAGCCUCAUUGAUCUGGGUCUUGGCUCAUACAGCAUUGAACUAAAAGACACCAGCGGGAUUGUCCUCAAGCGCAGCAACAACCCCCUGGUAAAGUAUCUGACUUAUGCAACCACGGGAUCAUCAUCUUUGAUACCAGUACUCAAGUCAUUACUAGAUUUGGAUCCCCGGACCAAAGGUUUGAUUAACCCAAUAUAUGUCGAUAACAACCAAGAGGAGUACUACACGUACACUUUACUGGAUGAAUCAUCAACUUCCAUGUUUGUCUCACUAGACAUCUCUGGUCAGGUCAAACUGAAUAUUUGGUCACAAGCCAACCAGUCCUGGCAAACCAUAUAUUCUGAGCCUGCAGAUCCCUGCAGCCCACCUGCUACAUGCGGACCUUUCACGGUCUGCAAUGGCAUUGCACAUCCACCCUGUGACUGUAUGGAGAGCUUCUCCCAUAAGUCACCGCAGGAUUGGGAGUUUGAGGAUCGAACAGGAGGAUGUAUCAGAAACACACCGUUACAUUGCAGCACUAGUGGUAACAGCAAAAACAUGACAAGUUCAUCAGACAUGUUCCACCCCAUUGCUCAAGUUCAAUUGCCCUACAACCCGCAAAUAAUAGAUGUUGCUACCACUCAGAGCAGAUGUGAAGAAGCAUGUCUCGGUUCCUGCUCCUGCACUGCUUAUUCCUAUAGCAAUAGCAGAUGCUCUGUCUGGCAUGGGGAAUUGUUUAGUUUAAAUCUGAAUGAUGGCAUUGAUAAUAAUUCUGAAGAUGUUCUUUACCUUCGCCUUGCCACCAAAGAUUUGCUGCCAGGUUCCAGAAAAAAGAAAAGAAAACCAAACGUCGGAGUUUUUACUGCUGCAAGUAUUAUUGGUUUUGGGUUACUAAUGCUCAUGCUGUUGUUACUGAUUGGAGGAACAAAUUCAAGUGGUGUGGUUUGCCUUUAUACGGCAAUCAAGGUAGUGCUGGUGGAAUUAUAG